AUGGCAGCGCCACACAGGCUGCUGGAAGCAGAUUCCAAGUCCAUGCGCUCCAUGAAUGGCUCCCGCAGGAACAGCGGCUCCUCCUUAGUCUCCAGCUCCUCAGCCUCCUCAAACCUAAGCCACCUCGAGGAGGACACCUGGAUCCUAUGGGGGAGGAUUGUCAACGAAUGGGACGAAUGGCGGAAGAAGAAAGAGAAACUGCUGAAGGAGCUCAUACGGAAAGGAAUCCCACACCACUUCCGAGCCAUCGUAUGGCAGCUGCUGUGCAGUGCCACAGAUAUGCCUGUCAAGAACCAGUAUUCAGAGCUGCUGAAGAUGUCUUCUCCCUGCGAGAAGCUGAUCCGGAGGGAUAUAGCCCGCACAUAUCCUGAGCAUGAGUUUUUCAAGGGACAGGACAGCCUAGGCCAAGAGGUCCUUUUCAAUGUCAUGAAGGCCUAUUCCCUAGUGGACCGUGAGGUUGGAUAUUGUCAGGGCAGCGCAUUCAUCGUGGGAUUGCUGCUAAUGCAGAUGCCUGAAGAAGAGGCUUUCUGUGUGUUUGUGCGACUGAUGCAGGAAUAUCGAUUACGAGAGCUAUUCAAACCCAGCAUGGCUGAGCUGGGCCUCUGCAUCUACCAGUUUGAGUACAUGCUGCAGGAGCAGCUGCCUGAGCUGAACAUCCACUUCCGCUCCCAGAGUUUCCUCACCUCCAUGUACUCGUCGUCCUGGUUUCUCACCCUCUUCCUCACGACCUUCCCUCUGCCUGUGGCCACCCGAGUGUUUGACAUCUUCAUGUAUGAGGGGCUGGAGAUCGUCUUCCGUGUGGGGAUGGCCCUCCUGCAGUUCAACCAGGCAGAGCUGAUGCAGCUGGAUAUGGAGGGGAUGUCGCAGUAUUUCCAGAAGGUGAUUCCUCAUCAGUUCGACAGUUGCCCGGACAAGUUGAUCCUGAAGGCAUACCAGGUCAAAUACAACCCCAAGAAAAUGAAGAGGCUGGAGAAGGAGUAUGCUGCAAUCAAAAACAAAGAGAUGGAGGAGCAGAUUGAGAUCAAAAGGCUCCGGACUGAGAACCGCCUCCUGAAGCAGCGGAUCGAGACCCUGGAGAAGGAGAGCGCUGCCUUGGCAGAUAGACUGAUCCAGGGCCAAGUCACCCGCGCACAGGAGGCCGAAGAGAAUUACAUCAUCAAGCGAGAGUUGGCGGUGGUGAAGCAGCAGUGCAGCUCAGCCACGGAGAACCUGCAGAAGGCCCAGAGCACCAUCCGGCAGCUGCAGGACCAACAGGGAAACCCCCGGUUCACGGAGGAGUUUGUGAAUCACCUGGAAACAGAGCUGGAGCAGUCGCGUCUGAGGGAGAUGGAGACAUUGGGCGCGCUCAAGGAGAUGCAGGACAAAGUGCUGGACAUGGAAAAGAAGAACAGCUCGCUGCCCGACGAGAACAACGUGGCCCGUUUGCAGGAGGAGCUCAAGGCAUUGAAGGUACGCGAGGUGGCAGCGCUGACCUCACUCAAGGAGCUACAGCUGCAGGUGAAGGAUCUCAACGACAGCUGGCAGGCUCAUCUGUCGCGGACAGGCGGGCGCUGGAAGGAGUCCCCCCGCAAGAACACCAUGAAUGACCUCCAGGAUGAGCUGAUGACCAUCCGCCUGCGGGAGGCCCAGGCCCAGGCCGACCUCCGUGAGCUGCGGCAGAGGCUGGUGGAGCUUGAAACCCAGGAUCAGAUUCACAGUAAUCUGCUGAACCGGACGGAGCAGGAGUGCCUAGGGCUGCAGGAGAAGCUGCAAUACCUCACUGCCCAGAACAAAGGGCUGCAGACGCAGCUGAGUGAGACCAAGCGCAAGCAUGCGGAGUCCGAGUGCAAGAGCAAAGAGGAGGUGAUGGCGGUGCGGCUGCGGGAGGCCGACAGCAUGGCAGCCGUGGCAGAGAUGCGGCAGCGGAUCGCUGAGCUGGAGAUCCAGAGGGAAGAAGGGAUGAUCCAGGGCCAGCUGAACAACUCUGACUCCUCCCAGUACAUCCGGGAGCUCAAGGACCAGAUUGAUGAGCUCAAGGCUGAGAUCCGGCUGAUGAAGGGCCAGAAGCCCUUCGAGGACUCCAUGGGCUUUGAUGGCAUCCACAUUGUGAGCCACCUGGCGGUGGACGAGGACUCGCUGCACUCCUCAGAUGAGGAGCUGCUGACCAACCCCAUGGUGGUGGGCGCGCUGCAGGACGUGCUAUACCCACUCUCACCCUGCAAUGCCCGCUUCCUGCGGGGCAUGGAGAGCUCUGGCAAGGAGAGUGACGGCUCCACGGACAGUGAGCCCGAGGACCCCACCUCCACCACGGAGGCUGACGGCGAGAUGGAGCCGCAGAUCAUCUUCGGAGAGACCCUCAGCAAGUGAGAGGAGAUGCCGAUGCCAGGGGGAUCCCCCCCUCCACCAAACGGGCACUGAGCGCACAGCCUGGAGAGAAGAGACUCCUCUCCUUGGUGCUCUCAGUAGCAGCAGGUGGGGGAGAUCAUAGACCCAACACGAUAGCUGGGCUCAGAGAGCAUUGCACGUCCGCUGCCAUGCGGGGACAGCUCUCCAGCCGGCCUGUGUUAUACAGAACCUGUACUUUGAUUGUUGUCUGCACUGCCUUUCUCCUGCUCUGUCAUCACCAGUAGUUACACUCCGACUCCAUUGAGUAACCCUCAUUCGCCCCACCCCGCCCCUAAUGCCUCCUUCCUGUAUUGCCCUCCCCCAAAAGUUUGCACACUUGAGAACUCAGCUCAAUGUCAUCGUGAGCAGGGGUGGAAGUGGCAAGGCCGCUGGAUAUCUGGGCCCAAUGACCAUCCACCGAGUCUGAGCACCCUUGGGCAACUGGCCAACAAACCAUUUCCCUCCCCUCCACACUCAGAGGGCGGGAAGUUGGGUCCCUCUUCCUUUUAUUUAAAUGUGUGUCCCCGAUGAUCCCGAGAGCAUCUGCUCGGAGAGGGGAGAGUUGGAGGCCUUCAUAUCCCUAUUCCCAAGAGAGCUCUCCCCAGGAUGGGAAGGGCCCGGUGCGGGGGAUUCUGGAUCGAGGAGCCUGCUUGGUUACAUGAGAGAUUAUAUUUUAUUUUUGUUCUCCAGAUGUUAUUUAUUUAAACUGUUAUGAUGCCAACUGGGCUCCCCUCGGAGAGCUCCACACUAAGCUUUAAGUUCUAGGAAAUUACACUGACAUUGUGUCAUAAGGGAAUCUGGGAGCAGCGUUCUGCCCUGCUGCCUUCCUGUCCUCCAUCCGUAAGGGAGCUGUGCUCUCAAUCUCCUGCACCGUUACGUUCUCCAGAAGGUGUUGUAACUGUUGCCUUUCUCUUCUGCUCCACAUGGCAAACUGCAGGGUUUCCAACCUCCCUGUCUGGAGAGGGCUAUGUGGAAACAAAUCCCCUAGGAGAACCUUUCUUACUCUACCCAGAGAGCCACCUGAAAUCUCGUAUCCCGACCAAGAUCUGUCUGGUGCACAGCAAAGGUGCCCGGUAAGCAGGAGCGGUUUGGGGAGGAGCAUAGAGAGAAGUCCCCAGCUGGGAAUCAUCUGGAGGACGUUUGUUUCUAUGCAUGAUGGGGCUUCACCUCCCUCAGCCAGCCUGGCCUGUGUUCCUCUGAACUGGCUCUCCCAGCUCUGCAGCUGGCACCAAGUUUCCAUAGCCCUGUGAGAUGCCCUCCAGUCCACCAGAGCAGUAAGGAGAUUUGGAGCGAUGGAUGGACAGCAUGCACAGCCCAGCAAGCCCUGGUCAGAUGAUGGAAAUGCCCGCUCCUUGGAGUGGCCCUUAGUAGAGAACUCAGCUCCUAAUCAGAGAGAAACCCAAGCUACUUAUCUCCAAAUGGGCCACCCUGGGCCAGAAUUGCUGAACCAUUCACCACUUCAAAGCCUGCCCUGGUGAUCAGGCAGCAGGUGAAGCAGCUUCCUUGGGAUGGAGCCAGUCUGCAAACGUGAUCCUCGUUGAAGGAAUUAUCCAAUAAAGCGCUGCCUGUGGUGCUCCCACCCUGGCUAGCGGCAUCAUUCUUGGCAGCAGUGCCCAUCUAGUAUCAUUUCUGUGGAAGAGCCGGCCAGGCCCACCACCACAGCCCUUCACCCAAAGAGCUUUGCUUGCAGUCAGCAAGCCAGCUCCUCAGCUGGUGCAAAUGCCCAGAGCUCUGCUGCAGUAAAUGGCACUACAUUGAUCUACACCAGCGCAGGAGCUAGUCUGUUUUGUCUACAGCUCUGACUCCUAAUUUCCAGUGUGUGAGGGGACAUGUCUGGCUCUGCUUCCCUCACUACAAAACGGUCCAGAUUGCGCUUCCAUUUGUUUGUGACAGAGUCCGAGUAUUGCAUCACUUCCUGCUUCGGGGCUUUACAUCACUUCCUGGUGGUGGAGAGAUGCCAUAGAGCUGCAAGCACCUGAGGCUGUCGUGUUGGUUCAUUUCCACCCCCUCUGUGCAGCAGCAACACAGCUCCAUUCUAAUACCCCUUCGGAGAGCACAGAUGGAAAUGAAAGGCGAGAUCUCCAGGACUGGCUGCUCCUAGCGGGGAUGGAAGAUCUCGGGUGGCUGGGAUAAAGGCUGAAUUUCCCAGGCACCUGGAUGGCAAACGAAGGGAGUGGGGCUCAGGACCAGAGUUCACGUGGUGCUGGGACAUGGCGGGAGGGCCCUUUUGGGGCCAUUGUCAUGUCUGUGGGAGAGACUGAUGCUGCUAGGCACCAGUGGCUGCUUUGAAACCUUGAGCGCAUGGGAUGCUUUGUUGCCCAUUGGCUGUUCUAUUUAUGGAGAGCACCGGCCAUCGAGAGCAGCCUGCGCACAGACCUGCUCGGGCAGAGAGAAGAGCGAUGGAAGGGGUGUGGAGCUGGCUGGAUCCAUCAGUCCCUGCGGAGAUUAUCUGGCUGGCUCUCUUAUGGACUUGAGUUUUAUUUCCUCUGGCCCUUUCUUUCUUUCCAUCCUGCCCCUGCUUUACACCCUCCUCGUAUUUCCCUUCUGCUCUCUGAAUUCAGUAAACCCGGACAUCCAGCAGCUGAGGAAAACCCAUUCCCAUGGGUGGCUUUGCCUGAUUUCCUCUGCGGCCGAUUGCAAACGUCACUUUCAAUAGACUACACCUCCAACCCUCCCCUGCCAACAGGUAUUUCCAUAGCUCUCCCCUUCCCCGCUGGUGUAUUAAGUUCACUCGGUCUGUUUCCAAAGGAGGGGUGCCUUGGACCUCCCAGCUUGACAGAACCUUCCCCCAUAUCCUAAACCUUCCCCUUCUGAGAUGGAAAACAACAGCCCCAGUGGACUGAGCCCCUCACCGUUCCACCACGUCACUGGACUGGAGUAUUAUGUACACUUCUAUAAAUAUGCCUGGGAGAGGCUUUGGUUGGGUAUUUAUAAUCUGUAUAUUUUAAUAUAUAUAUUAUAUA